AUGACAUCCCAGGAUAACCCCAGUCAGCCCACCGACGGCCAUGAUCAGCCUGCCAGUCGUCGCCGCGAGAGUUUCGUCUCACAGGACUCUCACACCGCAAAGGAAUAUAUUGAAUCCCAAUUGCAGCUCGAAGCUGAUGCCCGCGAAGUUCUGCCUUACGCAUUCGACUCUUGCACCAAGGAAUUGGGCCCACUAAGACAGACGCUUUUCGCCUGCUUGACUUGCAACCCUCCCCCGUCGAAUAACGAAGACCCUUACACUGCAGCCGGAGUCUGCUACUCUUGUUCAAUCUCGUGCCAUGGUGAACACACACUGGUAGAACUCUUCACCAAAAGGAACUUUGAGUGCGACUGCGGUACGACUAGGCUCCCCGAAAAAUCAACAUGUACACUUCGCGCAGACCCCGCGACAGGCACCAAAGGUGUUCAUUCCCAAACACCAGCGGAUGGGAAUAAAUACAACCACAAUUUCCGCAAUCGCUUCUGCGGUUGUGAAGAUGAAUAUGACCCGAACGUCGAAAAAGGAACAAUGUUUCAAUGUCUUGGUUUGGGUACUGUCGAAACUGGUGGCUGCGGAGAAGACUGGUGGCAUCCCGAGUGUCUUAUCGGUCUGCGUCGGGGAUGGCAAAAUGCGGCCAAGGCGGAAGGAGAACCGAAACUUGCUGUGGAGAACGAAGCCGCCAAAAAGGAAGAUAACACCGGAGAAGAGGAGCAAGAAGCACCCUUACCGCCAGGAUUCCCAAACGAGGACGAUUUCGAGACAUUCAUCUGCUACAAGUGCCUGGAUUCUAAGCCUUGGUUGAAAAGAUAUGCCGGCACAAAAGGCUUUCUAGCUCCAGUUUAUAAAGAUAAAGGAGACAGUGUACAGCAAGUCGAUCAAGAGGCCAAAGAAACCCAAAAAGUCGAGGAAGACCAAUCCCAAUCUCGAAAACGAAAAGCAGACGACGAUGAACCCGAAGAGGACCGCGACACUAAGCGGUCUAAAGGUGGUGAAGAAACGAAGCUGGAAACUAUCCAAGAAGACCCACAGCAAAAGCCAGAGACAGUGAAGCAUAAGCAUGAGUCUCUACCGGGCAAAGCCCCCGCCGGUGCAUUCUCCCUCUUUUUGAAGGAGGAUUUCCGUGAGCAUCUGUGUCACUGUCCGGAUUGUUUCCAUAAUCUUGUUCCCCACCCACAGCUUCGAGAAGAGGAAGAAGCAUACGAACCUCCGUUGUCCGAAGAUGGAGACGAGGCAAAUGGCGGCGGUAGUCAAGGAACUGGAAGCCUUUUAGAUCGCGGCGAAGCAGCUCUCAGUAAUAUCGAUCGUGUCAGAGCCAUCGAGGGCGCAAUGGUAUACAACCAUUUGCGAGACAAGGUGAAGGCCUUUUUGAAGCCAUUUGCAGAGAGCGGCCAAGCUGUUGGUGCCGACGACAUCAAGUCAUACUUUGAGAAACUGCGCGGGGAUGACCUGGGCAUCAAAGAAGCCGGGGGCCAGGCUUCUACUUAUGAUAGUGGCGCGAAUGGCAACAAUGGAGAAGAUGGCAGUAAUCGCAAAGGGCAAAGUGGUAUGCUUUUUUUAAUUUUCAUUUUUUGGUGGUUGUGUGUCAGGCUAAUGAUAUUCCAGGAUAUUGAUUCAAAUACUUGUUUUUAA